AUGCCGAAUACUCAAAAGAACUCUGGUGAUUUUGGUUGUUUGGGACCUAGUAAAGAAAUGUCAUUACUUGAGCUGCCUACUCGGAGAGAUAUUCUUCAAUAUUUCAAGUUUAUUCAACAGCAGCACCUAUCCAGGCCGUCAUUUUAUGAUGCUUCCUUAGCUGUUGCAGAGAAAGUUCUGGAAAUAUGGCAACGAGCUUCAAUCGCAACAGUAUCUGUAAAAAGAAUACAGGACAUGAUCCAUAGAGAGCGGGAGCUGGAGAAAAAAAUUAACAAAAGCUUUACAAGAGAUAAGGAAAAAAAAAGUUUUCAAGUUAAACUAACUGCUUUUAUUAAAGAAGCAAAUCGUCUCUUUGAUGUUUCUGCAUAAUGUGUUAAAUUGCUGGCAAACUACGACGGUAUUUUAAGUGAUCAUUUACAAUCAAUUAAUGAAACUAAAAACAGGGCCGUGUUCAGUGGACUUUUUAACAGAAUUCAAAAUGACUUAAUAUCCAGUGUAGCUGCAAAUCGUCCUGCAGAAACACUAACAAAGAUUAUAAUUGAUAUAUUAGAUAAUUAUAAAUGUACCGAUGAAUUAAUUGCUCUAACUUAUAAUGGUGCCGCGGUUUUGUCAUCAGAAAAAAAUGGUGUUCAAAAAAAGUCCUCGAAACUUGUCCUCACAACGUCACCAAGGCCGCCAACCGGAAAAGCCGCAAACGCGCCCCUGCCGACACCGGCGGUCAUCUGCCCCUCAGCCGCCGCCAGCGUGGCCCCGCUAAACACUACUGGGGAGCCGGCAAGCACCAUCCGACCCCCGACUUCCGGCAGCCGUCCCAGGAGGGCCCUAUUUCGGGGGAAAGCUGCGGCGGGGCGUUAUCGGGUGCCCGCGGACUUGGUGACGGCAUUCGUGGGAUAUCCGAUGGAGGCGGACAGGGCGUUUCUCCCCGUCGACCUGCCGUCGGGACUCUGCUGGAGGUGCGGGCGUCUCGGCAAGAUGUUCAAUGAGCUACCCGAGUCUGCGGUACUGCAGCCGUUGUGGAGAGGUGGGGGUGCGGUCGGCAGACUGCUGCCUGCAAAGGGACCGCACCGGAACACUUUCCGCCCGGACCCAAGAUGUUGCCGCGCUCGCUCCGGUGAAGACGACUCCCGCCUCCCGCUCCGCUACGGUGGCGACUCCCACUCCGGCCACGGUGCCUGA